GCAAUUGAUAAGGAAAUCUAUUGCAGAUCGUUUUGCAAAUGUUAUAGAACACCGAUCUCUCCAGUCUAAUAGAUUGGUGGAACCCAGUCGGAGAGGACUAGAUCAUGGAGCUGUGCUGGAUUUGUAUUUCAAUAUUGAGUGUGGGCUUCCACUUUUCCGAUGGCAGUCGGAGUAAUUUGGAAGUUGCUUUGGAGAAAGCAGAGGGGCUGCUUUCCAGCUUAAGAACCCAAAUUGAGGAGCUCAAGCAGAUCUAUGGAGAGGUAGUGACACAGAAUAAGCUUAAGGAGGCUGUGGCCUAUCCCUCAUCCUGCCUGGCUACCUCCACUAACGCGAACGGAGUCCACACAUUACAAGUGCCCGGACUGGAGCCCUUUCCCGUCUUCUGCGACACUCGCCUGGCGGGAUCAGGCUGGACAGUGAUCCAGCGGCGCCAAGACGGCAGUGAGAAUUUCUACCGCAGUUGGUCGGAGUAUGCCCAAGGAUUUGGCAACCUCAGCGGGGAGUUCUUCAUGGGCAUGGAGCGACUGCACUUCCUCACAGCGGCCGAGCCCUACGAGCUGUACGUCCACUUGGAGGACUUCUAUGGCGGAACCCGCUACGCCCAGUACGAAGACUUUGUCAUUGGCAAUGCCUCCGCCUCAUACCCGCUUGCGGUUCUCGGCAAGUACUCGGGGGAUGCCGGCGAUUCGUUGAGCUACCAAAGGGGGAUGCCCUUCUCGACCUUCGACCACGAUGUUCUGGGCCAUGGGUGCGCCAUGACCUACGUGGGGGCCUGGUGGUACAACGAGUGUCAACUCAGCAACCUCAACGGACAGUACGUGGAUGGGGGCAGGUACGAGGCGAAGCUCUCGGGCCGCGGCAUCUGCUGGAUGACCUGGAUGGGCUACGACUAUGGCUAUAAGGUCAGUCAGAUGAUGAUACGGCCAAAGUGCUCCAAUAGCAUACAAAGGCAGAGGCAGAGCAGGCAGAGCCUCAAUUUCAAUUGAAUUUCAUUUGCAAUCGGAUCGUUGAAUCGUUAUAUUUGGUUGAUAAAC